UUUUCACCUUGCUGAAGGACAGCUGUAUUUACUGACGUAUGCAAAUGAGUGUCGGGGGAGGUUCUUAUGCGAGAAAAAGCACAGAAUCAGUUUCACAUUGCAGCUCUGGAGUUCCUGCGUGGAAGGAAAAACGAGACGUGGCGAAAUCUAGUGAUUAGCUAUCUACUGCCAUAUUCUUCGUGGAGAUUUAAGAGUCAUUUUGUUCUCCCUGGAAGGAAGUGUUUGUGUUUUAUUUUUUGAGGGCGAUCCAGUUUAAUGUUUUAUUCCCUUUCGGCUGCCGUAGGAGUUCUCUCUAUGAUCUCCCUAGAAAUAGACAUCUUAAUUUUGACUCGAAGUGUUUGUUUCCCCCUGUCGCAGCUCAGCAAACCAUGCAGGAUGAUUUACUGAUGGACAAAAACAAAGCCCAGCCUCAUCAGCAGCAGCAAGAUCCGACACAAGUAGACCCUCCUCCCUCCACGCCGACCCCGUCAUCGGAACCCACUUCAUCUUCAUCCGAGUCGGAGACCACGUCGACCGGCAGCAGCCAAGCGGCUUCCGCGCUGAGCAACAGCGGCAGUGGCGGCGGCAAGGACCGAGUCCCGAUGGAGUCGCCGAUCCUACCCGGGCUGGGCUUCCACCAGCACCCGCUUCAGGAGACCGGCGGGCCCCUUGGUUCCCCUCCGUCGUCGUUCGGGAGCACUUGGUCCACGGGGACCACGAACGCCGCGGAGGACAGCUUUUUCCAGGGAAUACCGUCGGUGAAUGGGACGAUGCUUUUCCAGAACUUCCCGCACGUCAACCCGGUGUUUGGGGGGAAUUUCUCCCCGCAAAUCGGGCUUUCUCAGCAGCAGCAGCAGCAGCGGAGAUCCCCGGUCAGUCCCAGCCAAGGCCCCUUUCCCCAGAGAAACGCUUACCAGACCAUCAUGAACAACAGCAAGGGGACCUCGUCGUCUUCCCCGGCUUCCUCCUCCGCCUGGAAUAACCACCAGAACGCCGGGUGGAGCACCGCGUCCAACCCGUGGAGCGGGCUGCAGCCGGGCAGAGACCCGCGCCGAGCCGUGGGCGUCGGGGUCGGGGUUGGGGUCGGAGUGCCGUCUCCGCUCAACCCCAUCUCCCCGAUGAAGAAGCCUUACACCAGCAAUGUCAUAGCGCCCCCCAAAUUCCCGAGACCCGGCGGUCCUCUGGCUCAAAAGCCCUGGAUGGAGGACAGCGCGUUCAGGACCGACAACAGCAACAACAUACUGCCUUUCCAGGACCGGAUUCGGCCCUUUGAUCCUUUUAACUUGAACUCUUUGGAGAAUCCCUUAAUGGAUAUGAUAAAGACUGACCAUGACAAAGGUAAACCUCACCCGGCCGGUGGACCGCCAGUGACUAUCGCCGAUAUUAUAUGGAGGAAUCAUGUUGCAGGGCGGAUUGGACUCAACUUUCACCAUCCUGGAGCAGAACACAUAUUGCCCCUGAAUAGUCGUUCCUGUCUUUUCCCCUUUGAGGAUGGUUUCCUUGACGACGGCCACGGUGACCCCUCCCUGACCCCGGGCCUGAACUCGCCGACCCGCUGUCAGAACGGCGAGAGGAUGGAGCGCUACUCCAGGAAAGUGUUUGUCGGAGGUCUUCCUCCCGACAUAGAUGAAGAUGAAAUCACCAACAGUUUCCGCCGCUACGGACACCUGGUCGUGGAUUGGCCCCACAAAGCUGAAAGCAAAUCCUACUUCCCACCUAAAGGUUACGCCUUCCUGCUUUUCCAGGAAGAGGCUUCAGUCCAGGCGUUGAUCGACGCCUGCAUUGAGGAGGACGGGAAGCUCUACCUGUGUGUGUCCAGUCCCACCAUCAAGGACAAACCAGUCCAGAUCCGUCCCUGGAACCUGAGCGACAGUGACUUCGUCAUGGACGGCUCCCAGCCUCUGGAUCCCCGCAAAACCAUCUUCGUCGGGGGAGUUCCCCGGCCCCUGCGUGCAGUGGAGCUAGCCAUGAUCAUGGACCGGCUGUACGGAGGCGUUUGUUACGCCGGCAUCGACACGGACCCGGAGCUGAAAUAUCCGAAGGGAGCCGGGCGGGUGGCGUUCUCCAACCAGCAGAGCUACAUCGCCGCCAUCAGCGCCCGCUUUGUCCAGCUGCAGCACAACGACAUUGACAAAAGGGUGGAGGUGAAGCCGUAUGUCCUGGACGACCAGAUGUGUGACGAGUGCCAGGGCGCGCGCUGCGGCGGCAAGUUCGCUCCGUUUUUUUGUGCCAACGUCACCUGCCUGCAGUACUACUGUGAGUUCUGCUGGGCCAGCAUCCACUCCCGGGCCGGCCGCGAGUUCCACAAGCCGCUGGUGAAGGAGGGCGGCGACCGCCCUCGACACGUCUCCUUCCGCUGGAGCUGAGGGCGGCGGGCCAGCGGGGUCAGCGGGGAUCACGGAUCUGCACUAUCCUCAACCCCGAUGAAGGAGGAGAAAUGAAAACGGCUCCCGCCAGCUCCACCUGACGUGGAGAAAAAAAACGCAAAACGGAUCAGAUUCUCGGUUCUGAACUCGUUGUCAAAGCUUUGUGGAAGGAAAAAACUCCACCGGCUAACAAUUUGCACUUUGGCACAAAGUCUCACUAUAAAGCACACACAUACACACGUACACACACACAGGAUGGUUCGGUAUGUCCCCCCUCGGGACCGCUCACGUGUUUAAAAAUACACAUAGUUCUAUUUUUUUUGUUUUGUUUUGUACUUACCUAGACGUUAAAUAGAUGGUUUAAAUUUUAUGCAAAAGGAGCAUGCACUUACUUUGAAACAGUUGUAGUUACGUCGCCCCUAGUUAAAAACAUAAAGAAUAAAUAAAUUUAAAAACUACCAAAGGCUAAUUGAAUAAAUGCAGAAGUUAGGCAGCAUCAGAUGUAGCAACAAUUACCAGCUCUGAAAGCAACUGAUAUAUUCUCUGUAAAUGUUAAUACCUCACAAUCAGAUUAGUUUGCGUUCGAUAUCUAGGUCUUUAUUUUUAUAACAACAUAAUUUUUUUUAGUGUAAUGUAAAUGUAACUGCUGCGGGAGCUUUGCUGCUAAAUCCCAUGGUAUGAACAGACAUCACAAGUACUUUAUUUUAUUUUCCCAGCGAGGAAUUCAGAAGCAGCCGGCGUUUCAGGACGACAAGUUGUCUCAGGCAACGAUGGCCGACGUUUUGAGGUCAGGGGUCGCCCCUAACUGCAUGUUCUAGUCUGGCUGCUGCAUGCAAAACCCUUUUUCAGUAUCAUGUCUGCAGGUUUUUGUUUUUAUUUUGAUUCUGGCCAUGUUUUGCACAACGCACUGCAAGUCGUGUUGCACCCUGCUGAAGGAUUCACGCAUCAGAUCACUGAAAACUUGAUGGUGUUUUACUGGGAUUUUAUAAAAUUUGAGCAAUGGAAAGUAAUUUAUGUAGUGGAGGAAAUUUGCAAAUUAAAAAUCUCAAUAGGGGAACAAUAGAAUAUAUUCCGGCCCUCAGAUAUCUGAAUGUUUCUCCACAGUUACUGCAAAACAAGAAAAUCUUACCAAGUAUUUUUGGUCUUAGUUAAAAUAAGAAAAAAAUUACUUGCAAUAGGAUCUUGUUUUAAUUAAAUAUACAUUAAUAUUGAUGAGGAAUGUUGGACUUUUUGUCACAACAAAACAUUUUUCCCAUGUUAAAAGCGAAACAAUCUGCCAGUGGAACUAGAACUGGGUUGCUAGGUAACGGGCUGGCUUGACUGGCGUUGCUAGGUAACAGGGCCUACCCUGUUAGUCAAAUAAUCUGCCAAUAGAACUGGCAUUUAUUCACUAAUAUUAAGGAAUUGUUUACUUUAAACAAGCAUCUACAUCUUGUAUGGAAAGUUACUUGUAAGUUAUAUUUUUUUUCUUAUUUCAAAAGUAAUAAGAUAUUUUCACUACAAACUGGAGCAAAAAUACUUGGUAAGAUUUGGUGGUGUUGCAGUGUGCCACUUUUUUUUAAUAUGUCGCUCAGAUUUUCACAUUUAGAUUGAACACUUACACUGCACCAAUAAAAAAUUUGGAUCGAUAGCGAUAUCAAUAUUGAUAUUGCAUUUACGUCCAAUAACCAAUAUUUACCAAUAUUAUACAUGGUAUAUCAUAAAUAUUUCUCUACAGUUUUGACACCUUUAAAACAUUUUUUUCCAAAACCAAAAGUCAAUAAGAUAAAAAUAAAUAUCGACUUUGUUUUAUUUAUUGGGCCGACACCAAUAUGUUUAAAAACGUGAUUAAUAUCGGCGAAUACCAAUGUUAAUAUAAAUUUUUUAAAAGUCUUUCCACAGUUUUCUGUAGGAUUUAGGUCUGAACUUUGACUAGACCAUCUUAACAAAUAUGCUUUGAUCUAUAGGAUCAAAGCAUAUUUGCUGCUCAAGUUUCAAACUUUUGCAGCGUCUUCAAAGUUUUCUGUGAAGUUUGUUCAAAGCGUGAUGCUGCCACCACCAUGUUUCACGCUGGAAACUGUGCAAUAUUGGUUUUCCUCCAAUAAAGUUUAGCUGGUAGGCCAAAAAAAGUUAAUCUUUGGUCUUAGCAAAUAAGCUGAAGUCGGUGCUCUGGUUUGACAUGUCCCAAAUAAUUUGGAAAACUGCAAACUGGACUUUUUGUUUCUUUCUUUUAACAGUUUUUCUUGCUGUUUUUUUUUUCUUUGUUUGUUUGUGUUUUUUUGUAAUAUUUUCUAAAAAACAACAACAACAUUUGAGGCCUGAAAUAAAAUUACAAACAGUUGGAUGCUAACAUUUAGGUAACAUUGGAUUUUAUUCAGGGCGAUCGAAGUAAAGAUGGCAAAUUUUGUUCUAAACCUUUCUUUCUGUUGAGCAAUCACACAAAAAAUCCCAUUAAAAUACAUUAAAAUUUGUGAUUUUGAUGCGAGGAAAAUAUUUUUAAAACGUUAAAGUGGUGUGAAUACUUUUCGCACGGCGCUGUACGUUCAAACUGGACGAAAACAGGUAACCAUAGCAACGCCGCGCGAGCAGAUCAGGACGACGACGGUUUUAAAACUAAUAUUACUCACAAAUGAAGUGUAGGACUACAAUUAAAACCUGUAAUAGGUGAAGUACUUUAUUUGCGGUGAUUGUUGAUUAUAAUUGUGCAAUUUUUUUUAUUUUUAUACUGUACGUAGUUAGAUCUGCCUAGAACUGUGAUUCGCUUUAACUGUCGUCAGUGUCCGACAUAGAAGUCCUGUGAAACUUCAUAAACUAGCUAGCAUAUGCACACGUAUAUCCGUCGGUUUUAUAAAUGAAAAAUGUUCUCACUGAUUCACGUCUGGAUACACACGGAACACACACCUGGGACGGAAGGUUUUCAGGCCGAAAACCUCGAAUCUGAUCUGAAGAGAAGACGAUAAUGUGAGCAGGGUUAAAAAAAAAAAAACGAACACAUAAAACUAUAUUGUUCACACACGCAAAACUUUAUUGUUCGAUCCAACUCUUGACAGAAACGUUUUUACGUCACAACGCAACCAAAGAGCUCAUUUGUUUCUUAUUAUUUUUAUUUUGGAGAGUGAAUAAGCAGAAAAACCCCAUAAAGCUACUGGAAAUCUGAGAUUGAUUAACUGAGCCCUUACACAUUCUGAUAUAUAUAUAUUUUUAAAAAUGGGGAAGAUGAAGAUGACGCAAUCACCAGAUUUUUAAUUUUUUAUCUUUUUUUGUCUCCUGUAAAGCUUGAAGUAUCGGACCUGCUAGAUAAAUAAAAUAAAAUAAAGGUGGACAUUAUAUAUUUUUGGGUUCUAAUAAAAGCUGAAAAAGAAACUAUGAUGGUGACGGAAACGUAACUGUGUGUGUGUGUGUAACUGUUUUCAGUCGUAAACUGUUGAUUUUCCUGCUCUUUUGGACGGACAUUUUUUUGUUUCUGUUUAAGAAAAACUAAAUCGACCUGAUCAGAAGAGAUAUUAUUCCUGACGAAUGAUAACGAGUGAAUUCUGGGGAGAGUUUUUAUUUUUUCACACAUUUCUUUGCCCCCUUUACCCAGUUUUCUAUUAUUUUUUAUGUUUUUAUUAUUUUUCCUGUAUUUGUUGUGCACUAUGCUUUGUAUCUGAAAACAGUUUGCAACAGUCGGCAGUUAUUUUUUUUGUUUUGUCUUUUAAUUUUUUUUUUUUUUUGGAAAAGACUGAUGAAAAAUAAUUUGCAAUACCUCAGUUUUGACAUAUAUUAGGAGAGAAACAUAUUUUCUAAGUUUAUUCAGAUGGACAAAUAUAUAUUAAUUUAAUUCUUCAAGAGAGAUGAUUUUUUUAUGUUUUUAUUUUAAGAAUUUAUUUUUUUUAAAGAGAGUCAAUGAAGGAGCUAAAGCUUUAUAACUAAUAUAAUAAUGUUCAUAGUGAUAGGAUCUACUUUACUGGUUUAGAAGCAGGAGUCCCACUGGUUUAAUUGGUUGAGAGAGCAGAAAGCUCAAAUAUCAGGUGCUCUAAGAAGAAAUUAAAGCUGAUUUCCCACCUUUUUUAUAUUUAAAACCAAUCAUCUAUGCUGACCAGAGUUGUGAAAGAGAUCUUCUGUUAUUUUAUUUUUUUUAAAUAAGUUUUUUAUGUUUCCUAAGGGUAGGUGCUCCCGUUUUUUUUUCUUUUUGUUUUGUAAAAAAAAAUUAAUAAAAAGAGAAUAAAAAAUAAUAAAAAAAGAAGAAUUGAUUUGCUGUCCUGACGUAGUUGGGAGAAAAAAAGACUUCUGAAAGUCACUGGACACAGAAAAAGAGAAGAAUGUUAUUUUUAACACUAAACAGACACUAAUGUUUUCACCUGUAGCUUGAUUGAAAGCCCCCAAGGUGCAUCAAUUUGACUGGUGGCCUUUCUGUUCACGCGAGACUUGAAUUAGCCCCGCCCCCUUCCUCAUUUUUAAGGCUAAAACCUUGAUUCUUUGUCGUAAUGUGCAAUACUCUGUUUGUACCGUUUGUAGAAAAGAAGAAAACCAGAAAAAGAGGUAUAUAAUCUUAUUGCGAAAUUAUUUUCAUUGCAAGCGUUGUGAUCCACUAAAAUCAUUUUCUACUGUGUAUUUACCUUCUCUACCUGCUAAUACCUUCCAGUAGAAAUGUAGCCUUUGUACUGAUUUUUUUCUUUUUUCUUUUAAAGUUUUGCAGAAAAAAAGGAAUUCAAACAUAUUUACAAUUUUUUUUAUUUCAUAUAUUUUGUUUCUUUACAGACUUCAUAUCUGGUCAUGUCAUUAAUAUUAUUUUGUAUUUUUACUUUGGAUGAAUAAAUUUUAUGAUGCUAAUUCUUAAUUUUUUUUGGAAGCUGAAAAAUCCCUUUGUAUUAUUGUUACUAGACUGUCUUGUUUCUUGAAAUGCUGAGCUUUAUGUGUUAACUUGCUGAUGUUGCUUACAUUAGUGUGAAAAUGAUCUACAAGUAAAAAAAAAAAAAAAACUACUCAAAGGAAGAGAUUGGUGGUUGGUGAUGUAUUAGUGGUUUAUAAUGUAAACAAAUGAACGGGCAAUAAAGGAAAACUGGCAGAAAGGAAAA